UGCGUUUUCCUUGUAGACAUACAAGUAACCUACAAGUUGUAUUUGAGUACUCAGUGUAUUUUUUGUGGGUUAAGCGACUUAUAUUGCAAUAAUGAGUGCACAGUUAAAAUUUUCGGUGAUUGUUAUUGUCAUAAUUUGUACAAUAAUUAAUAUAUCGAAUGGAAAGUCAAAGAUGGACCAUCCACCUCACUGCACAGUAGUGACGAAAGACACAGACUAUCAAUCAAAGUACAGAUUCGAUUACAAACCGGCAUACCUCAUUCCCGGGCAACGAGAAGCUUUUCAACCGUUGUUCUGCUUGAACCCACCAACAGUGAACAAGGCUGUGACAGUGGUAUGCGACUGGGUCGCCCCACCCAUGGUCCAAUUCACCAUAGGUGACGAUCACGUGCAUGUGAUGCGUGUAGACCCUUCGGGACACUUCCUCGGCAACGCCGUCAUUACCACGUAUCAGCUGUGCAACCACAAUCUUCAUUCAGUGAACGAAUCAGAACUCGUUAUUUCAGAACUAUGAAUUCUUCAGAUUCUGUCUUAAACUGAAUAUGGUCCGAGAAUUUGGAUAUAAAUAUUUAAUUGCUUUAAAACAAUAAUGUACAGAAUAGUGUACAAAAAUAAUCAAUUAUAAUAUAUGGCUAAGGAAAAAUUGUACAUCGCAAUUUAGGCCUCUGUGCUAAACUGGGGCUUAACCUGUGUCUCAGCAUACAGCGCCUUACGCCACAGGUAAUAUAAGUUAGAGCUGAUUAAAGUUAGAAAUCUAUUUGUACAAGUACCUCGCUAUAAAAUAAUUGUGGAAAAAAUGGAGGGCAAAAAUAAAGUUAUUUAGUUAAUAAAAUUUGCGUCUACUCAAAUUUUUGUGAUUUAUUUAAAUAAAAGUUUCCAAAC